AUGACGGCAAACCCAGAUACCAUCGCUGCCCUGGUACUCCAGCACUUUGACCAGCUUCCCGCCAAGAGAAAGCCAUUGGUGCGCGAUAAUGGCGUACAUGAGUGGGUGCCCUUGAGCGGCAUUGUAGCCCAAGGCAAAGAUGGCAAGCUAACCUGCCUGUCCCUGGCCACGGGCAUGAAGUGUCUGCCACAUGCCAAGCUGCCUCGAGCCCAAGGCAACGUACUGCACGACUGGCACGCCGAGGUCCUGGCGAUUCGGGCCUUUAACCGGUUCGUGUUGGACGAGGCGCGACUGCUUUUGUCCGGGGGCCCGUCUGCCUCGUCGCCGUUUCUGCGGUGGCGGGACGAGUCCGAGAUGCGCGUGUCCUCGUUGGCAUCAUCGUCGUCGUCAAACGGGGACAGCCAGGAGCGACAACAUCAGGAGCGGCAGCAGCAGAUGAGCGAGGGUUCUGUUGGUGCUACUACUACGGGCGCUCCCAAAUGGCACGCCCAACCCUUUGCUUGGCGCGACGACGUUGCGCUGCACAUGUACUGCUCCGAGGCCCCCUGCGGCGACGCGAGCAUGGAACUCACCAUGGCGGCGCAGGACGAUGCUUCGCCCUGGGAGAUUCCGGCGUCCCUGCUAUCACCACGGGAGGAAGAAGCUCUGCCCUUGGGCCCUGGUUCCAACGCCUCCUUCUCACCCUCAUCAUCAUCAUCUGCUCUAUCCACUGCAGCAGCAGCAACAGCAGCAGCACAAGUUCAAACCCUGGGCCCCCUCCCCGGCCGCGCCUAUUUCUCCCGCCUCGGCGCCGUACGUCUCAAGCCCGCGCGCGCUGACGCCCCGCCUACCCUGUCCAAGUCGUGCUCGGACAAGCUGGCGCAGGCGCAGUGCACCUCCCUGCUCGGCUCGCUAGCCUCGCUCCUCGUGUGUCCGUCGGGGGCGUACCUCGAGUCCGUCGUAUUACCCAGAUCGCAGCUCUCGGACACGGGGUGCCGUCGGGCCUUUUCCGGCAGGGACCGCGGCGGUCGCAUGGCUGCCGUGGAGCCAUACUCUGACCGGUGGCAGGGAGGGUACCGGUUCCGCGAGUUUGAGGCAAAGGCUACGGACCACGAGUUCAAGUGGUCCAAGAGAAGUGUCGAGGCUAGGGUCGGGGCUGAGAAGGGCAGGCUGGCGGCAAGUAAUCUCGCAGUCGCCUGGACCGGCCACGGUCUGGAAGAGGCGACCUUGGGCGGGACUAUUCAGGGCAGGAAAGCGUUUGACAUCAAAGGUGCGAGCUUUGCAUCGAGGCGGAAGUUGUGGGCUCUCAGUUUAGAAAUUGCUGGUAUGCUGGGGCUUGGCAUGGUGCAGUCCAGAGAGGCUCUCAUGUCCAAGACUUACGGCGAGGUAAAGAGGUCCAACUUGUUGCAAGCUAGGAGACAGGUCAAGCAGGAUGUUCAAGCUGGGGCCUUGAGAGGCUGGGCCAAGAACGAGGGAGACGAUGGCUUUGGUCUGUAG